CCAGCAGCGCUGAUCACGGCUGGGAAGUCCCAGCUGCCGGUCACUCACGCCGGCUGCUCCGGAGGCCCCAGGGCCUGGGUCCAGCGCUGAGGGUUUGCUCUGAGUCUCCCGGGGCUCCUGCAAGGGCCCAGCGUCUGCUCACUCCGCAGGCUGUGAGGCCGUGAUAAGUGGCCCCGACCAGAGCCCUCAACCCCACAGCGCCUGCCUCCGGCUCAGCAACGCCUAGAAGAGGGGGUGGGCUCCGAAGGCACCCCGCUCUCCGCUUUGAGCGGCAGCUGCCAGACCUUUGGGGCUGAGGGGCUCUCCUGCUGCCAAGAUGCCAUCACCACGGACGGUAACCCCCGGGCAGGAGCCGGGAAGCCCCAAGGAGCCUGGGGAGCCCCAGAGUGCAGCUCAGGGCAGCCAGCAGGAGCUGGGCGCCCACCACGAGGACAGCACAAGGCCAGCGCUGAGCACCCUGAGGCGGGCCUUCUCAAGGACAAGCCAGGCGGCCUCCAAGGAAAACUCAGGCCGGCGCAGAAGCUCCCACUCCCUGUUCUGGCCUUCGCGGCGUGGCCCGGAUGAGAGCCCAGGCACCGGACAGUCCCAGGUCACCGCUGUGCCAGAGGAGCCGUGGAGGGCCACGGAGGACGCUAGCCGGCGGGCAUCCACCAGGGCGGGGUCGGAGGAGCUGGGAUCCCCCACAGAAGGCAAGUCCCUGGCCGACCUCAUUACUGAGAGGGAACUGCGGGCUGCCUUCGAGCGGCUGCAGCGCCUGGAGACGCAGCUGGAGAACGAAAAGGCCUCGGGCGCCUUCAAGCAGGACCCCACGGCCUUCGCGCGGCGCGCCAUGGACCUGUGCCUGCACUACGACGGCCUGGCGGCCGAGAUCAGCGCCAUCGUGCAGGAGACCCUGGGGCCCCAAGGGGUGGACGCGGCCGCGCUGGGCGAGCUGGCGCACGUGGUGCGCGCCGAGGAGCGAGCCCACCCGGCGCCCCCCGCCGACGGCGACUUCCUGCGCACGCCCCGCCACUGGCGCCGCCACUGGGAGGAGGCGGUGCAGCGCAGCGUCCGGGAGCGCGUGCGGGCCACGGCCCCGCAGGGCGCGGCGGGCCUGGCGCAGCUUCUGGUGGAGCUGAGGGACUUGGUUCGCCAGGACCUGCAGAAGGUGCUGCAGGAAGUGCAGCCCGCGUGCGCGGCCGCCGGCCUUCCGGCGUGGGAGGCCUACGUUGGAGCCUUCCACAGUGCGGUGGCCCAGCGCCUGCAGGAGCUCGCCCGCGACGCCCGCGGCUGUGAGCAGUUCUACCUGCUGCUGGACUGGGCCGCCAACGUGUACGGCAGUCCUGACUUCCUGAGCACCCGGGACCUGGCGCUGCCGGCUGAGCCACUGCCCCCUCUCCUGGAACCCCACAUGUGGGCCCAACUGGAGAGCAACUACACCAGCCUGCUGGAGACGGAGAUCGCCGGGUGCUUGGACAGCAUCCUGCAGCUGGAGCGGAACCACUGGGCAACUGCCGACGGCCCCGAGGUGCUGCAGGGCCUCUACCACUCGCAGCUGUCCAUCGACGUGCACAUGCUGGUGGCCCAGCACGUGAAGGCGGCCGGCGCCAUCUCGGCGCAGCUGGAGGCCACCAUCCUGCGGAUGUGCGCGCAGGCGCUCAGCAUCUUCGUCCCCAGGUUUGAAAAGGCUUUGCUGGAGUCGCCAGCGGUGAGGGCGCCGCACCUGGGCGCCUACAUUAACGCCUGCGCCGAGAUCAGGACUCAUCUUCUGGCCAAGUUCCCAGGAGCCCUGGAGGAGCUGACGCAGCCCCUGGAGGCUGCCACCCAAAACUUCCAGAAGCACCUGCUCCAGGGCUUGAAGAGGGACGUGCAGCCACUGUUCAGGGCCGUGUGCACCAAGGGCUGGCUCACGGAGGACCUGCUGGGGCCCCUCAUGGACAGGGUGGUGGCCUUCGCCCGCCACCUGGAGCACGUGGUCCCGCCACAAGCGCAGGAGAUUCUGCAGGAGGUGCACCGCUACGUGGUCCGUGAGUACCUGGUGCAGGUGCUGAGACCACAGGAGCGAUUCCGGGGCACGGACCGGGUGAACGGCUCCCAGAAGAUGAGUCUGGACGCCCAGGCCAUUAGCAACACCUUCCAGGGCUUGGGCUCUAAGGCCACGUGGCUGGACCAGGCCAUCCCGUGCGUGGCCGAGAUCCUGGGCGAGACCUACAAAGACGACAUCAGGAAGCAUCUGCAGACGCUCAUAGAGACCUACCCCGACUUCAGGCGGGACCACGUCCUGGCCGUCCUGGCGCUGCGCCGCCUGGGCCGCCGGCGGAACCAGAGCCUCCUGCGGCACGCGCAGGCCCUGCUGAGAGCCGCGGCCCAGGCCCGGGGCCCCGCGGCGCCGCCCGCGCGCGUGCUCUUCGACGAGAUCGAGGUGCCCGCCUCCGUGGACGUGCUCCUCACCUGUGUCUAGUGCGGCCGGCCUGCGGCGGCUGGAGGCCGCGCGCGGAGCCCCCGGCGGGGCCGAGGCUCGCUCUGGGCCGGCCUCCCAGCUCUGAAGCCGGCAGUUGCUCUCAGCCCUGCACAGCUGCGGGACCCGCCGGGAGGAAGCCGUCCCCGGCGUGUGUGGGGGAGUGUUUGGGGCAGCGGGGUGCCGUCCACGCGGCAGGACUGUCCAGCACCAGCCCCAGAUGGAGAGGGACAGAGUAUUUAUUUUUAAAAUAAAUGAAUUAAAAUGG